GCCGAAUAUUCUCAUUCCCACUACCUUAACCUCCGUCUCUCCAUCCAUCUCCCUCUCUCUCUUCUCUCUCCUUUUCACACAUCAAAACGUCGUCGCUUCACAACCGUGAAAUUCACCGGAAAGCUGAAAAUCCCGGCUGCUGUCGGCGUAGCCUUUGAACCAUGAAGUUCUCGAAGAGCCUCGGCAUGCUGAUCGAGGAAGCCUUGCCGGAAUGGCGGGACAAGUUCUUGUCCUACAAGGACCUCAAGAAGCAAUUGAAGCUGAUCUACCCCAAGGACGGCGACAGGCCGCCGCCGAGUAAACGUCCGCGGUUGAACGACGACGAGGCCGGUGCGGAUUUGGCUGACGAAGGCGGUGACGUCUCUAAGGAGGUGGCCGAUUUCGUGAGGCUGUUGGAGAACGAAAUGGACAAGUUCAAUUCGUUCUUCGAGGAGAAAGAGGAGGAGUACGUUAUUAGAUGGAAGGAGCUACAGGAUAGGGUGACAGAAGCCAAAGAUUCAAAUGAGGAGUUGAUGAGAGUAGGGAGAGAAAUAGUUGAUUUUCAUGGAGAGAUGGUUUUGUUAGAGAACUACAGUGCUCUUAAUUAUACAGGACUUUUGAAGAUUCUGAAGAAACAUGACAAGCGAACUGGUGUUCUAAUUCGCUUCCCCUUUGUUCAAAGGGUAAUGCAACAGCCAUUCUUCAGUACUGAGGUACUGGAUAAGCUCGUGAAGGAAUGUGAGGGGAUGCUUGAUCAAGUCUUCUCCAGGAAUGACCCAUCAGGUCCAUCCGAAGCAGCCAAAACAGAACAGUGCAACUCCGAGCCUGUGACUGAAACUAGAGAGAUUGUACUGAAAGCUCCUAUAGAACUUGCAGAAAUAAAGCAAAUGGAGAGCGUAUACGGGAAGCAAACUGAAACAGCAUUGCGUGUCUUGAAGGAUGUUCGGAGUGGAAGCUCAACUGUUAGUGCAUUUUCUCUGCCCCCUUUGCAAAUAAACGUGGUGAAGGAGGAUUCGAAGAAUAUACAUGUUUUACAACAAGAAGCCAAAUGAAACUUUGGAUGAAAACCUACUCUUGUGAUUGAUGAUGCUAGUAGAUACCAACUAUAUGCUUAGGAGAAAACUAAAGAAUGAAACCUUGUGAUUCAUUCCCUCUACCAUUUUCACUAGUCAUUGUAAAUCAGCAUGACCGAGUA